AUGUCUGCGGUCUACCAAGAAGACAACUUCCCUCUGCUCGAGAAAAAUGCCGGGGCCUACAACGCGGGAGGGCAAGUGGAAGUCCAGGACCGCGCCCGCAGGCUCACCGACCCUGCCAUCCUCGCCGAGUACGGCGACGGAUGGUACCCUCUCCGCUGGGUGUACGAUAAAGGUGAGAUGGCUCCCAACGGAAACUACAUCGAGCCUCAGGGAAUCUCCGUCCGGCACGGGGUGUGCGGCGACCCGAAAUCGGGUGAUCAGGGUGGACAGGACGGCGAGAACACUUACAGCACGCCCAACAAGGACUGGCCGGUCCUCCAAGAGUUCAAGCAGGGCCAGUCUAUGGAGAUCAAGGCCGUCAUGAAGGCGUGGCACUAUGGGCACUUGGAGUUCUUCAUCUGCGACACUCAAGACCUCGAUGAUCCCGAUGACGUCGCCACCCAGGAGUGCUUCAACAAGUACCCGCUGACACGUUCGGAAGGCGACGGCGUCAACAGCCCCAUCGACCCCAACUACCCCGGGCGCUACUACGCGGACCCCCCCUGCCGUGAGAACGAGACGGAGCAGGACUACGACUGGCGGGCCGGUGGCGGCUACGUCAUGACCAUGAACUACGACCUGCCCGAGAACCUCGUCUGCGAACACUGCGUCCUCCAGAUGUGGUACUACACCGGACACAAGUGCUACCACCCUGGAUAUGAAGAGUUCAACCCCGCCUCCUGGGGGAGCGAGUGCGCGCCCAACAAGUCUGACUGGAUUGACCUGAGCAUCGACUACUGCGGCGACAAUGAGUGGAACCUCGCUGAAGAGUUCUGGGCGUGCUCCGACAUCGCGAUCACGGCCGAAACAAACUGGUGUCUCCCUUGCCCCUUUUUUCAUCGAAUCUGCAGAUGGAUCGUCGCCUGCAGAGACCCCGACGCCCAGCCCCGAAGCCGCCCUACCGCAACCGACGCCCCCGUCGACGCGACGGCGGAGCCCACCGCUGCAGCUACCGCCGAACCCCUGCAUCCGACCCCAGCUCCCAUCGAAGAGACGGCGGAGCCUACCGCUGCUGCCACCCCGGAACCCACACCGGCUCCCGUGGAAGAGACCGCGGAGCCCACCACUGCUGGGACCACGAUGACCCCCGAACCCAUUGAAACCACGCCCCCCCCCACGGACGGUGACGUCGGCGACGGGGAAGAGGCUGAGUACGUCGGCUGCUUCCAUGACAACAAGGAGGACCGCAUCCUGGGGGACAAGCUCGACUCCGUGGACAUGACUACCGAGGUUUGCCUGGCGCACUGCACGGAGCUAGGCGCUGCGUUCAUGGCAACCCAGUUCGGCUUCGAGUGCUGGUGCUCCGCCGAUGAGCUCCUCGACUACGAGCGCCACUACCAAAUGAACGACGCCGACGCUGUGUGCGACAUGUCCUGCCGGGGCGAUAAGACCCAGCCUUGCGGAGGGUUCAACUCGUUCGAUCUCUACAAACUCCAGACGACGUCGACGGUGUUGUGCUCGGGCACUCCGGUCGAGGCCUACGAGCAGUGCGGGGGCAAGGACUGGACCGGGUCGACGUGCUGCAUGGACGGUUACGACUGCACCCAGAUGGUCGAAGAUGGCUGCUAUGCUCAGUGCCGUCCAUCGGUCACCGUCGAGCCGAUCACCCCUUCACCCGUCAGCACCACGCGCCCGCCCGUCGCCCUCUCCACCUCGGCGCCCGUCGAUCCCGCUACCAUGGCACCCGUUGCCCCUUCCCCUGUGGCCACACCUGCCCCGGUCUCCGAACCAACGAGCGGCUGCAUGGUCGUACGCAUGGAGGCCGAAGACCUCCCGGUUCUAGGCGACUGGCGCGUCGUGAACGACGCCGACGCGAGCGGCGGGAAGUACAUCACCUGGGAAGGCUUGUCCGAGGGGCAGAACAACGGGGACCCCGCGGACGGGGACAUCAUGUCCGCCUCCAUCCAGGUCCCGACCGCGGGCACCUACUCGUUCAAGUGGCUGAUGCGCCAGCCCGACGGCGUCGAGAGCGACAAGGGCAACGACGCCUGGCUGAACUUCCCCGACGCCAAGCGGUACGGGCCGGCGGGCACGCAGGAGAGCUACGGCACGUUCAUCAAGGUCUACGGCAGGGCCACGAACGGAGACUUCGAGUACUCGGGGACCGGGGAGGACUCUCACGGCCACACCCAGAUCGCCGUCGAGUUCGAGGAGGCCGGCGAGUACGCCAUGGAGAUCUCCGGCCGCUCCCACGGGCUGCAGAUCGAUCAGAUCCUCGUGUUCGGGGAAGACCUCAGCGUGGAUGAGGCAGUGGCGAACACCGGCUGCUAA